CUGCUUCCGGUCGUCGUCGCCGCUGCUGCCGCUGCUGCAGCUACUGCUGUUGCUGAGGCUGCGGGCGGAGGCCGAAGGACCGGGCGGCGGCGGCAGCGGCGGCGGGAGCGGAGCCGGACGACGGAGCGCGAGCAGGCAAGCGCGGAGCCGAGUGCGCCCUUCCGCCCGUCCGAGAAGCCGGAGCCGCUCGGGCCCCGCCGCCGCCCGCCCUCCGGACAAAGCCGCGAGCCCGCGCCCGAGCCAUGUCAGCAUCGGCUGGCGGCGGCCACCAGCCCAGCCAGAGCCGCGCCAUCCCCACGCGCACUGUGGCCAUCAGCGACGCCGCGCAGCUACCUCAGGACUAUUGCACCACGCCCGGGGGGACGCUGUUCUCCACCACGCCGGGAGGAACCCGAAUCAUUUAUGACCGGAAAUUUCUGUUGGAUCGCCGCAAUUCUCCCAUGGCACAGACCCCGCCUUGCCACCUGCCCAAUAUCCCUGGAGUCACUAGCCCUGGCACCCUGAUUGAAGACUCCAAAGUAGAAGUGAACAAUUUGAACAACUUGAACAAUCAUGACAGAAAGCAUGCAGUUGGGGAUGAUGCUCAGUUUGAGAUGGACAUCUGACGCUUGCAGAGAGCAGAGGAAAGCAGCAACACGGAGUCCUGUGCUCACCUGAUUUGGCCAAUAGGAUCACAGUGAAAAGAAGAGGCAGUUCCAGCAGGCCCCAGGGCAGUCUCCACCUCCCCUCCCUUGGGUGCCAAAUGUUGGGAAGAUGAGCUCCUGCCGACCAUUCCUUCUCCCUGCCUCCUACCCCCUGCCCAGUUACCAGGUUAGGUUGAAGCCCUUGGAAGUGUUCUGUAGAACUAAGCAGCCCAUAGAGGAAAACAGUUAACUGUAGUGCCCUGGUCAUUUCUCAAGAAUGCUCCUUGCCCCCUUCAGAUUCGUUCCAGAUCUACUAUGAGUCUCUGAACAGUGUCCUGGCUGGGUGGCUGGGGACAGAGAGGAGACCAGAUAGAGCAUCAUUGCCCUGUUUAUUUCCCUCCUUGCAUCCUACUGUCGAUUUAGUGUUGGGUUUGGAGUCUUUAAAACUAGUAGGGGGGAUGAUAAACAAUAAGUGAGCUGCUUGCCCUCUUCCUUUGAGGUGUUUGUCCUUAGGGACAGGGCACAGCUGUACACCUCCACCAGCAUUCCUGUCCUCCUCCCUUCUCUCCUCUGGGAGGAGUGGCAUCUGUUUAGUGUGGUAGCUCGUCUCCCCAUUCCUUUACCUAAUGCAUGUGUACAGACAUUUUUAAAUAUCUAUACCAGAAGGGAGCCCUUGGUGGCAGAGUCUUAGCUACUUUUAGUCUGUCUGCCAUCCUCCCUGCCUGCUGCUCGCUGGCAGAGUCUUGCAGCUCCCUGGGUGAUGUGUCCGCCCAGAGCAGGUCAUUCAAAGUGAUUUUGGUCUCUGCCUGGUGGGUAAGGCCUGAGAGCACCAAGCAGUGAGUGACCUCUGAAGAACACCAGAUCACAAGUAGCCGCCUCAGCAGUCAACGAUUUUCAAAUCAGUGGACCUUGUGAUACCUAGCAUCUUGUAGUUUCUCUCUGAGUUUAAAGUUGAUUUCCAAAAUGAUGUUCUUAGAAAAUAACUACAUACCCUCCCCGACCCCCUUUUGAAUCUGCUUUGUUGGCUGCUGAGCUAGAUAAGCAUGGGCUAAAAAAAUGUGUUCCCCCCAGUUUCCUUGCCCUUCUUACUAUAUUCUGAAUUCUCUCUGCCCCCUCCAUCUCCAUCCUUCCCUCUUUCUGUCUCCUUCUCUUUCCUCUGCCAGACCAUUUUUCAAAUCUACAUCCAAGAUACCUUAUAUGUUGGUAUCUGAUAAUAACUGUUGCUCCUCCUUCUGAGGAGUGACCUUUUAUUUUUAAGAUGACUACAGACCUAUUUUUAGAUAAGUUUUCAGUACAAUUUUGAGCAGCAA